ACGACACAUCGGACACGACUCCCGAGGUCGGACUCCUCAAACCUACUAUAUAGCUGGAAUCCGCCUAAGGACUGCUCGCAAUGAGCCGAGCUGCUGCAGAAGCUGCCGCGGAGCUUUCAAAAGGAAACCAUGAGGGAGCUAUCCGAUGCUAUACAUCUGCCAUUGAAGCAGAGCCAAAGAAUAUUGACCAUCUGCUUGGACGUGCAAGCGCACAUCAUCGAUUGAAGCGCCAUGAUGAAGCUCUAGAAGAUGCUGAGAGGGCACUCUCAAUAGCUAUUGAGAAGAAGAACAAGACGGGUCGCUCUCAAGCUCAGUUUCGACGCGGCGUGGCUUUGUAUGGUCUCAAGCGCUUUGCAGAUGCUGCAUUCUGCUUCGAUUUGUCUGAGAAGGACGAUCCAGAGCAGAAGGAAAAGAUGCGAGGCGUCUGGAUUGCAAAGACGAAAGCAGCUCUCGAUGGCCAAGCGCAACCACAAAAAGUAACGGUUCAAGAGAAGCCUGUUGCAGUAGAUGCAGUCAAGAAGACUGUCGAGUCUUUGCUAUCAGCAUCAGUCACUGAAUCCAAGGCGGAGAGCAAGGAGUCUGUCCCAAUCCCUGCGGCAUGGAAACCGCCAAAGCAUGAAUGGUAUCAAAGCAAUGACAAGGUUGUUGUGACUAUCUUUGCGAAGAAGAUCCCAGCAGACAAGGUCAAUGUCGAUAUGGAGCCUCGCUCGCUUUCACUGAACUUUGAGAUUCCAGAAACAAGCAGCGAGUGGUCUCACCAGUUCGAACCACUCUUUGCAGCAAUUGAUACAAACGCCUCAACUUACCGUGUCUUGGCCAGCAAGAUUGAAGUGACGCUUGUCAAGAAGCAACCAGGCCAAAAGUGGAGCCAGCUUGAAGGCGAUGCAUCGCAAAUCAAGCAAGAAUCUGCGCACACCUACCCAACCUCUUCCAAAAAGGGUGCACAGAAUUGGGACAAACUUGCUGCUGAUGCAACAGCGCCAAGUGGUACAGGGGAGAAGGAGGAGGAAGGAGAUCCACUACAGAAUCUAUUCCAAACGCUGUACAAGGAUGCUGAUGAUGAUACGAAAAAGGCAAUGAUGAAGUCCUACCAAGAAUCGGGCGGUACGGCGUUAUCGACAAAUUGGAAAGAAGUAUCUGCCGGCAAAGUGCCCAUUCAACCACCCGAAGGAAUGGUCGCCAAGCCUUACGAGCAGUGAUGAAGCCUAUCGAUCAUCGUGCUAGACAUCAUUCGCAUGCAUCGUAUCGUCUUGACUGGCAGGAUGUAUGUCAUCGAAUAGAUACUACCUCUCAGCUGCUUUACAUCUCAUAUCAUAUUGCCCGUCUUCAACGUAACUUAUUCAAUCACAGUCCAACCUUU